AUGCAAUCUUUGAUUUUGAAGCGCUACCCAAUCAUUGGACCUAUAAAUAUGGAUGGGGCUUCUUCAAAUUACCGCAAAGACUGUACACUGAUGUGUGAGAAAGGUGAAGUUGAAGAGCCUUGGUUUGGUUUCAAUCAAGAGUUUUUCCUGACUACUCCUGACGGUAGACCUUUGGGUUGGCCUCCAGGAGGUUUUCCUGCUCCUCCCGGUCCUUACUACUGCGCUAUAGGUGCUAACAAAAUUGUUGGACCAUCUCCUGGCAUUACAGCAGCCGAUGAUUUGUGGAUGGCUCGCUACAUACUCAGUAGGUUGGCUGAAGAAUACGGGACUGUUGCUACAUUUGAACCACAACCAGUACCCGAUUGGCCUGGUAACGGGACGUUUGCUUACUUUUCUUCCAAGGAUAUGAGGGAGGAAGACGGAAUAUUGGUUAUAGAGAGAGCUAUAGAUAAGCUGUCGCGUCGUCACGGAGUGCAUAUCAAUGAGUAUGACGCUCACAAUGGAGCUGACAAUGCACGACGUCUUACUGGAAAAAACGGAAUGCCCAACAUACGGGAUUUCACUGCGGGUGUGGCAAACCGUUGUUGUUCAGUUCGUAUUCCUCGUCAAGUCUCUGAAGACAAGCACGGUUAUUUGGAGGACCGACGGCCAGCUGCCAACGCUGAUCCUUAUCGUAUCAUAUCUAUCUUACUUAAAACAUAUCUGCCAAUAUGGUAUUUCGAUGGCAGUAACACAGCCCAGGCUGCCACAGAUAACUCUGACACGUUUAUCUUCCCCCAAGUGAUUUAUCAAGAUCCUUUCCGACGAGGAAGCCACAUUAUGGUUCUAGCUGACACCUAUCAACACAAUUACCAGCCAACUCAUUAG